GCCCAGGCUUGCAGCAUGCAGCCUCUCCACUUUCGGUCGAGCGGCCGAGGUUAAACAGAUGGGAUUAGAUGAGAUCGGAUGCUCGUUGCGCGCGACUCUCCUAGUCCCGUCAUCCAUCUCUGCCAACUACGACCUUACCCUUCUCCAAGCUACAGGUCGUUGAUACAAUACCGUUCCAUUAACACACCGUAUAUACAACCAUGUCCGAACCAGCCUCACAGCCAGGAGCUCCAGCCGAUGGAGCGCAGAAGCAGGACUUCCCAGCUGCCGACAAGAGUGUCGCUAAGGAAGUGCAGAAGAAGGUGCCGGCCCAAGUGAAGAGCACUCUGUCUGGGCCAGACCGCAUCAUUCUGCGAUUUAACAAACUGCUUGCCUCACCUGGCGGCCUGAGCUCUUUCCUCUCGACGUUCAAUUACACUUUGUACCUGCUUGCACACCUGGACGCAAAAGCGACGCCAUUGAAGGAGAGGCUGUAUGGCCUGCUGAACCAGAAGUUCACUCCGCCGCCACCGGGCCAGCCAUCCCCCAUCGCAGCGCUCGGCUCUCUCCUCUCGGCGACGCGAACCACUCUUCGUCUGUUCGGGCUGUUGCCCCUCUAUGCCUGGGCUCGUCAACUGGCGCACGGCCCUAAGCCAGGACAAGACCAAGUCCUGUAUGCGACUGCAGCGACGCAGUGCGCAUUGUACAUUACCUUCCAGUUCCUCGAGAACGUGGCACUUUUGACGGAUAGCAAGAUCCUGCCCGCACAUCUCACAGCACGCUGGACAGAGAAGCAUGGCGGUAAGGCAGCCGCGAUAUACACAACUGCAUACAGAGCCUGGUUCCUUGGGUUCAGCUGCGACUUUGUCCGCCUCUUCCGAGAGGCGCAGCUCGAGAGGCAGAGGAGAGACGCACGCAGCUCGGUGGAGAAGAGCUACGGAAGCACCGUGAAGGAGGAUGCGAAGAAGGAUGCCCAAUGGUACGCGGAGCUCAUUGUGCCACUGGCUUGGUUCCCAGUCGGCUUCCAGUUCUCUGCCUGGAACGAGAGCGGCUUCCCAGGCUUCAACUUGGGUCUCAUGGGUGCGGCUGGAGCUCUUGCAGGACUUGGAAAGACAAAGGCCUUGUGGGAUGCAACUGCGGACGUCUAGAGCACGGCACACGAGAAAGCGUACGGUGACGGUGAUAUGCAGGAUCGGAGGAGGGAACAAUCUGGGAGGGACAGGAGUCUGCCGGACAGAGCACGGCAAGGCAAAGAGUGAUGAAAUGUACAGUCUGUGAUACCAUUUUCAAUAUGUAUGAGGCGUUCAGAAGACUCAGCUGCGAUGCUGGCACAAUAGUAGUAGUAAGCUCCAAUCCAGAAUGCAUGACCUUUCACGAG